AUGAAAACUAUGGAUAAUUGGUAUAAGGAUUUUCUUAGCCAGGAAGAAAAAGAAUUAUUACAAAUCUGUCGACAAAAUCGCCAGCAAGAACAAUUAAUUAAGGAAUUAACAAGAGAAAAUGAAGUAAUUCAGCAAUUAGCCGUAGCCGAAUUAAAAGCCAAUUGGGAAUUAUUUGCGAAUAUUCAACAAAAGAAGCAAGAACUACGACAAUUAAAAAGCGAGUUAAAAAGCAAAUUAACUACGGAAAUUUCCAAAAAUCACUUGAAAAAUCUUUUAACCGCUCAAGCGCAGUUAAUUUAUUUGGCCGAGGCUAAUCAAAAAACUCGUUCUCCGAGCGAAAGACUAUUGCAACAAGCCCAAGAAAAUCUCCAAAAUCAAUUAAAUGAAAAAAAAAUUAAUCAACUUUGCCAACUACAAACUGAAAUAACUAGCUUAGAAAUAAAGUUAGAACAAGAGCAAGCCCAAGGAAAGGAAGAAUUACAAAAUGGCUUUGGUGAUGCGACUUAUUCGGCAAAAGGAUUUGGAUUGUGCUUUAAAAAUCCUUC